GUGGCCAGGGGGAGGCGCGACUGAUGCGUGAGUGUUUGCUUUGUGCGUCAAGGGGUGGGGGGCAAAUAGUUGAGUGAACGGCAUCCGUAGCCUACAGAGCUGGCUGUAAAAAAAGAACGCAUUGACGGAGCAGAAUGCCAAGAAGAGACAUGGAGCCAGAAUACUAAAAUGACAAGUUAGCGACACACCACGCACGCAUCGCGCCAUUGUAGGAAAUAACUCACUUUUUUUUCUUGAAUGGAUUAUUGAUGUAUGUAUUUUUAACCCAGACGAUUUCCUGCCAUCGCUCAUCAGCCGAUGCGUUUUACUGGAAUGCGCAGUGUUUUUUCCGUUAAGAUGCCUCAAUUUUAAGAGAACCUGUUGGGAUUUGCAAACAUUUAUACCGGUGCCCUAUACAUUUCUAGAAAGUGUUGUGCACCUAUUCCUCUGGGACGAAACGGGACAUGGAAAUUAACAUUUUAUCAACCUAAAGGCGGUAAUAAGGUUUGCUAUAUUUUCCUGAAGUGCACUUUAUUCUAACUCCUCCCGGCGAUGAUUGUGCUUUUUAUUGCCCUGUGCAUCGCGGAUGGAGUGCUCGCCCAAAUACGGUACUCUGUGCCCGAGGAGGCAGAUCACGGCACCCUGGUGGGAAAUAUCGCCGAGGACUUGGGACUGGACCUUACCAAACUGUCAUCACGCCGUUUCCAAGUUGUGCCCAGCUCUCGAACACCUUACUUGGGAGUAAACGUAGAGAAUGGCGUCCUGUUUGUUAACGAGAAAAUAGACAGAGAGCAAAUAUGCAAGCAGAGCGCAAGCUGUCUGCUCAACAUGGAGGUGUUCCUGGAGAACCCUUUGGAGCUUUUCCGAGUUGAGAUAGAGGUGGUGGACAUAAACGACAACCCACCCAGCUUCCCUGAAACGGACAUAACAGUGGAAAUCUCCGAAAGCGCUACUCCGGGCACGCGCUUCCCGUUGGAGAGCGCGUUGGACCAGGAUGUGGGCACCAAUUAUUUACGCACGUAUGAUAUGACCACUAACAACUACUUUUACCUGGACGUGCAGACCCAAACAGAUGGCAACAAAUUCGCCGAGCUUGUGCUGGAGAAGCCGUUGGACAGAGAGCAGCAGGCGGCUCACAGGUACGUGCUGACAGCAGUGGACGGUGGCCAGCCACCCCGGACAGGCACCGCGCUGCUGGUGGUUAAAGUGCUGGACUCAAACGAUAACGUGCCUGUAUUUGAGCAGCCCGUUUACGCUGUAACACUUUCCGAGAACGCGCCCUCGGGUACGCUCGUCAUCCAACUGAAUGCCACUGACAUGGACGAGGGACUCAAUGGCGAGAUUGCCUAUUCUUUUAGUAACCACAUCUCCAACCGCGUAAAAGAAAUUUUCAGCAUCGACCAGCGUGCAGGGCGCAUCGAGGUGCGCGGCGAGGUGGAUUUUGAGGAGAGCAGUCUAUAUCAGAUUUUUGUCCAAGCCAAGGAUAUGGGGCCGAACGCCGUGCCCGCGCAUUGCAAGGUCCUCGUCACAGUCAUAGACGUGAACGACAAUGCACCAGAGAUCACCUUCAGCACAGUCACGGAGUCUGUCAGCGAGAACGCAGCCCCCGGCACCGUCAUUGCUUUGCUGAGCGUGACAGACUUGGACGCUGAAGAGAACGGACAAAUUAACGUGGAAAUCCUAGGCGAGGUGCCCUUCAAAUUGAAAUCAUCAUUUAGGAAUUAUUACACCAUUGUGACUGAUGGCUUGUUGAACAGGGAGCUUGCAGAUUCCUAUUCAGUGACUGUGGUUGCACGGGAUAAAGGCUCACCUUCUCUUGCCACCAGCAAGUCCAUUAAAGUCCUAGUGGCAGAUGAGAAUGAUAAUGCCCCCACAUUCAAACAAGCCAUAUAUGGUGUAUAUGUGACAGAAAAUAAUGUGCCAGGAGCGUAUAUACACGCAGUGACUGCUUUGGAUCCUGACAUCGGGCAGAAUGCACUCAUCAGUUAUUCCAUAUUAGAGUGUGAGAUUCAGGGCAUGUCAGUCAAAACCUAUGUGUCAAUAAAUGAAGAGACAGGGUACUUAUACGCGCUGAGGUCCUUUGACUACGAGCAACUGAAGGAUUUUACAUUUGUGGUCCAGGCAAAAGAUGCAGGCACCCCAGAGCUUGUCACUAAUGCCACUGUCAACAUUAUCAUUGUGGAUCAGAAUGACAAUGCCCCCCUAUGGUUAGCCCCUAUGGCGAAGAACGGCACAGCAAAGGAGCCUCUACCUCGCUCGGCCGAGCCUGGUUACUUGGUGACACGCAUCGUGGCAAUGGAUGCGGACGAUGGGGAGAAUGCCAGGCUUUCCUACAGCAUCCAGAGGGGGAAUGAGAAUCGAAUGUUUCGAAUGGAUUGGAGGACAGGUGAACUCCGGACAGCUCGGCGGGUGUCAGCUAAACGACACCAUCAUCAGUUGUACGACCUGGUGAUUGAGGUGAGAGACCAUGGUCAGCCUCCGCUGUCCUGCAGUGCCAGCAUACUUGUGAUGCUGGUGGACAGUGUGGCCGAGGGUCGAGGCACCGGAGAUGGAAGAGGCACCGCUAGAGCCAAAGAGAGCAGUCUGGACCUCAGGCGCAUCCUCAUCAUUGCUUUGGUCUCUGUCUCCUUUAUAUUCCUCCUAGUAAUGAUUGUGCUGGCUGUGCGUUGCCAAAAGGAAAAAAAGCUCAACAUUUACACCUGCCUGACCAGCGACUGCUGCCUGGGCUGCAGCUUCUGUUGCGCACGGCAAGGCCGUGUCCAUAAAAAAAAGCUCAGCAAAUCUGAUAUCAUGCUGGUUCAAAGUGCUGCAAAUAUCACUGGGACAGGUACAGCUCAAGUCCCUGUGGAGGAGUCAGGCAGCUUUGGCUCACACCAUCAAAAUCAGAAUUAUUGUUACCAGGUAUGUCUGACUCCUGAGUCUGCCAAAACCGACUUCAUGUUCCUAAAGCCAUGUAGUCCGUCUAGGAGCACGGAGAGCAACCACAACCCAUGUGGAGCCAUAGUCACAGGUUGCACAGACCAGCAGCCUGACAUCAUCUCAAAUGGAUGUAUAUUAUCAAAUGAGACCAAACAGCAACGAGCAGAGCUAAGCUACAUGGUGGACAGACCAAGACGCGUCAACAGCUCGGCAUUCCAGGAGGCGGAUCUGGUGAGCUCCAAAGACAGCGGCCAUGGAGACAGUGAGCAGGGAGACAGCGACCACGAUGCCAUGAAUAGAGGCCUUUCCUCUGGCACGGAUCUGUUCUCUAACUGCACGGAGGAGUGCAAGGCUCUGGGCCACUCUGAUCGGUGCUGGAUGCCAAGCUUCAUGCCCACUGAUGGGCGGCAGGGUCAUGUCCCCGGCAUGGACUCGGUUGCCAUCACAGAGGUACUUCAAAUCUCUGAGCAAAUUGCCAAUAAGUCAUUUUCCACCUUUGACAAAAAGCCCCCUUUCAGUCACCAAUACAAAUAUCUUUACCAUCACCACCAUCAUGGCACUCUAGAGCGGAAAGAGUUGGAAAGAUUUCUGCCUAACUCCAAAUCACCUUAUACCUCAGUGUAUAUAAGUGAGUAUCCUAUUUUUCUUUGGCCUGAGUGCCUGCCCUAUACUCUCUGAUCUGGCCAUCCAAUUAGAGGAAGAAAUUCUAAUUCGAUUUUCUACCUGAACUGGCUGGUGGAAAGGAGCGUGAAAUUAAUUUCAGAUCUGACCCAUGUUCUGGCUUACUGUCAAAAUGAUUAACUAACUCUUCCCUCCUUCAAAACUAUCUCUGUUAUCUCCCACUGUAAUGAUGUCGUCCUCUUUCACCUUUCGAAUCCAUCCUACAUACCGUACUGUAAGGCUGCUCUUUUCCUUAUGACACAAAAUAGAAAACCUCUCCUGCGAGAAAAUGGUUGCAGUAAAUAUGAGACAUUCAGAAAGCUCAGAAAGCCAUAUGGGGGGAAAACAAUCCUGUUUAAAGAUUGUUGAAGAAUAUCAUUGUCAUUCAGCGAUCGUCUCCGGAGCUAAGAUUAAAAAAAACAUUUUAUGAUAACUGAAGGCAGGGAAAAAAAGCAAGGCAACUGCCACGUUUCUUAUGGAAUUGCUGUUUCUAAACUGUCAUUCAAAGGCCACGAAGAAAUACAGCCUCAAUCACUGGAAUUGAUGUUAAAGCUUAAUUAUAAUUUUGUCUAGCAGCGACUGAAGAGUAGCCCCGCUCUCUCAUCAGCAGUCACAGCUAGCUGGAAUUAUCAAACUGUCGGAACCAGGGCUGUGGACUCGGUUCGGACUCGGGGACUCGGACCCGGUCGGACUCUGUCAUUUUUGCCGGACUCUAACUCAGUGCUGAUUUUGACCGAGUCCACAGAGUCCGACAAUAAAACACACCCCGCCCCUCCAUGUCUUUGUUGAUGACGUCACGGAAGGAAACGAUCACAAUUGGAAAAUCAAAGUCAAAAAGUCAAAGUCUGCUUUAUUGUCAACGUCUUCACAUGCCGAGACACACAAAGAGAUCGAAAUUACGUUUUCUCUAUCCCACGGUGACAAGACAUAUUACACGAUAGACAUACAAGUAAACGACGCAAUAUAAAAAACAAGAAGGCACAAACAAUAAAUAGUAAGAGUAAUAAUAAAUAAUAAAUAAACAGAUAACACAACAAAUAAGAGCCAGUGUGCAUACAGACAGUAAAAGUACAGGACGCUACGCAGAACGGGGAAGCGAGUUCAGGAUCCUAACAGCCUGGAGUAUGAAGCUGUUUGAGAUUCUGGUGGUGCGGGAGCGCAGGCUUCUGUACCUCUUCCCAGAGGUAUAAUAUGAAUGUUAUAUUAACUAUUAUUUGAGUUGUCGUUAAUCAUUAGUUAAUCAUUAAUCAAUAAAGGAGACUUUGACUUUGAUAUCACGGGUCAUUAUGGCGAGUUUGGUGGAGUUUUUACUGCUUCUUCCAACUCCUACCGCGCUGACUGUAACUUGACACUCUGGCUGCGUCUUGCCUCAUUUGCAUACUCACAGUAAUUGGAUGUUUACGGAGGGGCGCGGAGUCCUGACAGCAGGCUGUGUGAGGACACACACUGAUCCGACAUGAGAGAAGAAAGGGGGCUGAUUAACGUGUGUUUCUAUCAGCGGAUUUUUCACUUCUAAAAGUUUGAUUCGAGGGGGCAGGACAUCUGUUUGAGGGGGCGUUGCCCCCUCUUGCCCCUGCGUAGAGCCGGCACUGAUUGGCACCAAAAUUUACACGGACAUCUCUACUUAUCACUUGGCCUAAAAUUUGGUUUAAAGAGAAAAAACAAGACUAUGAACCAGGGCUGUGGACUCGGUUCGGACUCGGGGACUCGGACUCGGUCGGACUCUGUCAUUUUUGCCGGACUCGGACUCGGUCAAAAUCAGUCCGACAAUAAAAAAAGAGGCAAGACGCAGCCAGAGAGUGUCAGGUUACAGUCAGCGCGGUAGGAGUUGGAAGAAGCAGUAAAAACUCCACCAAACUCGGCGUAACGACCCGUGAUAUAUGUUAUAUCCUUACUAUUUUCCAGGUUCUUAGAUUGCAAGAAUAGGUCGAACAACGACGUGAAUGAUAACUGCUUUAUUCCUUACUCACAGUGCGUUCACAGGGCGUACCACAACAACACAGAAUGCCCAUCCCACUUCCGGGGUUUUUCUACUACGGAAUUUGAGUUAACCCAAAAUACACAACAUCUCUUCCCCUCUUACAAUGAACGUGCUAUAUGCAUGAACAACAUAGUCUUAUGCACCUAAACCUUGACAUCUUCAAGAUCUAUCAAUAACUACCAUUAAACAAUUAUCAUAUAUGGUCCAGAUAAUUAUGACAAUAAUAUUCCCAUGAAACCUUAACUUUGGGUGAGGGUGGACUACCUCGAAUUAUACCGAAUUAUAGCGAAAAAACGACGUUUGUACGACUGGUUUUUGAUUGCACCCCGCUUCAAUGGCAGAACGCGGAUGAAUUUAAAGACAUCAAAUGAGAAUAAUCCUUUAAAAAAUUAAAAUUGACUGACGCAAA